AUGGCUGUCCAGAAUCAAGUUGACAACAGUAUUGAGCUUUCACUUCUGCAUCACGUCGGGAUGUUCAUGGGUUUUAUGAUUGCGCUUAUUAUGACGUACCAAUUAUGUCUCAUCUUCUACAACCUAUUUUUCCACCCUCUCGCCAAGUAUCCGGGUCCCCGACUGGCAGCAGCAACUCCCUUGUGGGUUAUUUGGUCCUACUACAAAGGCAAGACACCGUGGGAUCUUUUGGAUCUUCAUAACAAGUACGGGCCUGUCGUCCGAACCACGCCAGAUGGGUUGUCAUUCAUCAACGCCAGUCAGUGGAAAGAGAUAUAUGGCCAUAAACCCUCUGGAGAACUCGAGUUCUCAAAGGAUCCGAAGUAUCACGCGGGGUGGAAAGGAGAGCCAGUCAUUCUCAAUGCCGAUCGUCAUUAUCAUGGCUACAUUCGCAAGCUUUUUGCUCAUGGUUUCUCCGAAAAGGCUUUGAGAGAACAGGAACCAAUCCUGCAGGAGUAUGUCGACCUCUUGUUUCACAGACUUGACAGCAUCAGCCAGAGCGAACAGCCUAUAGACCUCGUACAAUGGUUCAACUAUUUUACAUUUGACUUCAUCGGCUACUUAAUGCCGGACUUCAUGGAAAAGAUGAUUGCUGCACACGAAUCUGGCAAAAUGUCAUACCACCAGCUAGAAGAAAACUCACAAAUCCUGAUUGGUGCAGGAAGUGAGACGACAGCUACUCUCCUUUCUGGUCUCGUUUGGCUUUUGCUCAAGCACCCACGGGUCUACGACAAGCUUGCUACCGAGAUCAGGACGAUGUUCGAAAGGCCUGAGGACAUCACAAUGAUCAGCGUCAACGAAUGUCGGUAUCUGCUUGCCUGCAUCGAAGAGACACUGCGCAUCUACCCCCCUUCACCACAGCCUCAUCCGCGUAUUAUCCCUCCUGGCGGUGCAACAGUUGACAAUGAAUUUCUUCCGGAGGGCACAUUUGUCAGUAUUCCGAUCUAUGCCGCCUCGAACAGUCCUAUGAACUGGACCAAUCCUGAGGAGUUCGCGCCGGAGCGUUGGAUCGGAGAAGACGCAAGAUUCGAUAAUGAUAAACGAGAUGCGUCGCAGCCUUUUCAGUACGGACCACGCAACUGCAUUGGCAGGAAUCUAGCAUACGUUGAGAUGAAGAUCAUAAUGUCUCGACUCCUGUGGCACUUUGAUGUCAUGAACGCAACGGAUUAUAAUUGGAUGGAUCAACGAGUCUUUGCAGUGUGGGAAAAAUCACCUUUGUGGGUGAGACUUUGUCCCGCAAAACGCACUUAG